AAUUUCCACCUUCCUUCCUUUCCCAUCUCUCUCUCUCUCUCUCUCUCAAAUCAUAAAAUAAAAAUACACACAGAGAGCUCGAAGAAGCAGAAGCUAGCAAUAGCAUUACAGCUUACCCUAUGCGUUUUCUGUGAGUGUACGGAAUCCAAUUAAUAUAUACACAGAAAAAAGCCUGCUUCUCUUCAACCAAUUCUCCUACUUUCACAAAUGCCUCCAUUAAUAUCUUCUUCCUCAGCUCGAGCCCUUGUCUCACUCUUUUCUGCCUAAAUUUUGACUUGCCGCAUCUCCUUUCUCAUCUUUUUCCACACUUCAUUCAUCCCCAAAAAUUCCACACCACAAAAGAAAAGACAAAGGUAAUUAAAUUCAAAUUGCGCCAUUAAUUGUUUAAUUGUGGAUGAAAUCGGGGAUAAGAUGUUAGUCGACGAUUGCGAAGGCGUGUAUUCGAGCAAGAGUUCAAUGAGCAGCGACACGACGGUCAGCCAUUGCGCGAGCUUCAGCCGCCUCUCGUUCGAGAUGCCGUCGAGCUCGCCGGAGCAGCAGGCGGCGCUGCGGCCGCACCGCUCGUCGGACUCCUCGUUCCUCGCGAUCCGCCUGAAGCCGAACCUGAGCUUCCGCGACUUCAGCUUCGUCAGGCAGAUCGGCAGCGGCGAUAUCGGGAGGGUUUACCUGUGCCGCCUCCGCGCCGGCGCGGAGGAAGGGCGCCUCUACGCCAUGAAAGUGGUGGACAAUGAUGUGCUGGCGCUGAAGAAGAAGACGCAGAGGGCGGAGACUGAACGGAAAAUCAUGCGCUUGCUAGACCACCCCUUUCUGCCCACGCUCUUCGCUGAAUUCGAGGCUUCUCAUUUCUCCUGCGUCGUCAUGGAGUACUGCGCCGGCGGCGAUUUGCAUUCUCUCAGGCAUAAACAGCCGCACAAACGCUUCUCUCUCAGCUCAGCUAGGUUUUAUGCCGCCGAGGUCCUCGUAGCAUUGGAGUAUCUCCACAUGUUAGGAAUAAUCUACAGAGAUUUGAAACCGGAAAAUGUGCUGGUUAGAUCCGACGGCCACAUUAUGCUGACCGACUUCGAUCUCAGCCUCUGCUCCGACGCGACCCCCGCCGUCGAAUCCCCCGAUUUCUCGCCGGACUCGCUGUCGUCGCCGCGGGGCGCGCCGCGCGCCUUCACCCCGUUCUCAUGCAUCUCCGACCGGUUCUUCCGGUCCAGGAAGAUCCAAACGCUCGCCGCGAACCGGCUCUUCGUGGCCGAGCCGGUGGCGGCCCGGUCGUGCUCCUUCGUCGGGACCCACGAGUACGUGGCGCCUGAGGUGGCGUCGGGUAGGUCCCACGGCAACGCCGUGGACUGGUGGGCCCUCGGAAUCUUCAUCUACGAGAUGAUCUACGGCCGAACCCCCUUCGCGGGUGCAAACAACGAAGCCACGCUGCGCAACAUCCUGAAAAACCCCCUCGCGUUCCCAUCCGACGCGCCGCGCGACCCCAGUGAGGCGCACGCGCGGGAUCUCAUCGCCGGGCUGCUGGCCAAGGACCCGACCCGGCGGCUCGGGUCGAAGCGCGGGGCGGCCGACGUGAAGACGCACCCGUUCUUCAAGGGGCUCAACUUCGCGCUGAUCCGGACGGUCUCCCCGCCGUGCGUAGCGGGGAUGCCUCGGCAAAAGACGACGACGGCGCCGCGGCGGACUGCGGCGCCGUCGUCGUUUGGUGUGUUCUAGGAUUGGGGUGGCUGAUUGCCACGUCAUUAAUUAGGUUGAUGAUGAUAUUAACUUAGUAUGUAUUAUUAGGUUGAAACAAAAUUAGAUGAGAAAAAGGAAAG